AGUUAGUGUCGAGUAGUUUAGUGACCGUCAAUUUUCAGUGUAACCUUUUGAAAGUACAUCCCUCUUGUUCCUGGAUUAUCUCGCAAAAUCUGCCUUUAAAAUGGCCAGUGUCGAUGAUGAUAAUUCCAACAGCAAUUUGACGAAUAGUUCAGCAUCCAAUAUCUCAUCGGCAUCACAGCAGAGUUCCAUGAAUUUAAAGAGCAGCAUGCUUCGUCCUUCGGCUCUGUCAUGGAACUCGUCAUCAAUGGGAAACACACCAAAUACAUCAACUGAGGUCCUCAAUUCCAAUUCCUGCUCAUCCCUGUCCACUUCGGCCAGUAAUCCCUUUACCAAGGCCAUUGGGGAGGAGAAUGGAUCGGUGAGUGAGAAAAAGGAAGAGGCUGAGGCAAAGGGUGAUGCCGAUCAGAAGAGCGAUCCUCUAUCCUUGAUAUCCAGGAAUGGAUUACCAAAAUCAAAUCUCUUCAACACAUCAAAUAAUCCCAUUUCGAGCACAUCGGGCUUCGUUUUUGGCCAGAAUCUGCACGAAAGGGUCACUGGGAAUACCAUCGAUUCCAAGGAUGUGGGCGAGAAAAGUGAGACAGAGGAUAAGGAAAAGGCUGGAAAUGAGUCCAGUGCAUCAACUAGUGGUCUGUUCUUCUCAACGGCAGCUCAGCAGCAAAAUAGCAAUGCCAACAGCACGGCAAAUAGUCAGAAGAGCCUCACGGAAGUGGCCAGGGAAUAUGAGGAGAGCAGAGCACAGAAAAGGAAAUUUGAGGAAGUGGAGACAAUCACGGGCGAAGAAGAUGAAAAGAACAUACUAGAUAUAAACUGCAAACUAUUCACAUUCACUUCGUGUACUUGGGAGGAAAGGGGACGAGGCAGUCUUAGACUGAAUGAUCCCAAAAGUGGAAAGACUAAUGGUAUUUCGCGAGUUGUCUUCAGGGCGGCUGGAAGUCAUCGAGUGCUGCUCAAUACAAAAAUUUGGCGCGGAAUGGUGGCUGAGCGUUCGAGUCAAAAGAGUAUCAGAUUGACGGCUAUUGAUAGUUCAGGACAGAUAAAGGUGUACCUUGUGAUGGCCAGACCAUCAGAUAUUGAUACUCUCUACUCUGGCCUUCAGAGGCGCAUUGACAUUGAAUUACAGAAGGAUCCGCAGGAUUCUGACCAUGAUAAAUCAGAUGAGAUGAAUUGUGCGAAUUCGGAGGUGGAGGAAGGUGAUGCUGAUGGUGUUUCGAGUCCCAAGAAGAAAGUCGAUGAGAAUGAUGUUGAUAAAUCGUAAAAAAAAAUUGCAUGGAGAGUUUUGUUUUUGCCAAUUUGAGGAAAAAAAAGAAAAGAAGAAAGAGAAAAAAUGAUUGAAGAUGUGACUAUAAGUUUUUUUAGAGUAUCUUGCAUCGAGAUUUUAAAAUCGAAGAAAUUCUCUCUUCACGCUUUGAAUUUUAAUUAUUUUAAUCACAAUUUUUAAAAGAAAAUAAAAAAAAAAUUGUAUAAGUGGACUGUAAAAAUUUUUUGAAAUUAAAUUACUUUUAGUGAGUUUUGAAGUAGACUUGCUCGAUAAAUUAUCAAAAAAAACAAAAAUAAUAAUUGACUUCUGUAGUGAAUGAAAAUUGUAACUUUUAGAUGUGUAAAAAAUGAGAUGAAGAUUUGCUGAUAAAAAUAUAAAAACAAUUUUUAUGAAAUAUUUCCCAUUCGAGAUAAUAAAGGACAUUUGAAUCAAU